AUGGCGGCCACUGCGCAAAAGCCCAUACUGCUUCUGAAGUCGCAGGAUUGUCAGGGAUCAGCGAACAUGGUGUUGGGAUAUGCUUCUCCAAGCUGCGCUGAGGAUGCAUGGACGCAGGCUCUGGCAAGCUGCCACAAGGAUAUCCAUGAAGAUGACAUCGAGAGGUUUGAGCUCCGAUCUGCUCCAGCGCGGGUCUUUGCCAACAGAGCUCGGAUUCCAGGAGCCAUGGUGACCAGGGAGGCGUCGCCGAUGGCCACCCUUGCGGUGGAGGCUAACAUGAUCGUGAAUGAGUUCGAGCCACGAGAUCUUUGUCGCAUGGCCUGGGCGUUCAGCCGCCUGACGACGCGCAGAGCUAAACUCAUGGAUGCCAUUGGCGAGCGAGUUUUGACCUCGCCAGGCUUCCACAUCGAGGACUUGGCCACUCUUGCUCGAUCUCCUACACGUUCGGCAACCAGGAGCAAGCCGGUGAUGGAGGCGGUCUGUUGA